CUCCCUCGCCGGAGCGUUAGAAUCCCGCGCGCUCGCUCCGGUUUCCGCGGCGCCAUGAGCCGCCUGUUGGGUGGCGCGCUGCUGUGCGGCUCGCGGGCCUGGGUCCCCGGCCUGCUCGCGCGCCCCUGCUCGGGAGGGCCCCUCGGGAGCCGGGAGCGGACCCUGGUGGCCGUGAAGCCGGACGGGGUGCAGCGGCGGCUUGUUGGGGAUGUGAUCCGGCGUUUUGAGAGGAGGGGCUUCAAGCUGGUGGGGAUGAAGAUGCUUCAGGCGCCAGAGACCGUCCUCGCUGAGCACUACCACGACCUUCGGAGGAAGCCCUUCUACCCAGCCCUCAUCAGCUACAUGAGCUCUGGCCCCAUGGUGGCCAUGGUCUGGGAAGGCCCCAAUGUGGUCUGCACCUCAAGGGCCAUGAUAGGGCACACGGACUCGGCCGAGGCUGCCCCCGGCACCAUCCGAGGCGACUUCAGCUUCCACAUCAGCAGCUUGCUCCUCUGGAUAGUAGGGAACGAGCAGGCCUUUCCCAGGACCUCCAAGGCGCAUGUGGAAGCCUGUGCCUUACCUUUGCUACCUGUUACCUGGCACAGGAACGUCAUCCACGCCAGCGACUCCGUGGAGGGGGCCCAGCGGGAGAUCCAGCUGUGGUUCCAGAGCAAUGAGCUGGUUGACUGGGCAGACGAAGGCCCCCGGAGCAGCCUCUACACAGCCUGAGCCUCAGGCUGCCCUAGGCUGCCCCCAGCACCCGCCCAGGACCAACUACCUCUGUCCACAAGAACUCGAGCCCACACUGUGCUGUGCCCUUCCGUCCCAGACCACUUCCCCGUUCACCUUCCGCCUCGGCCCAGAGCAGAAUAGCCACCUUUAUGUGCCUUUUGGUAUCUUAAACCAGCAAGAGAUUGAACCAAAUCCUUUCCAUACCAAAAUGCCAGACCCACCUUUGCGGUGGUCUCCAAAAGUGGUUUGACCUCCCCUCCCCCACAGGGGAGCCAUUAAAAGUCCUUGUGCUGUG